AUGACCCCGCCCCAUUCUCCCGCUUUCCAUCACUCCGCCCCAUUAUCCCUUCUUCCAUCACCCCGCCCCAUUCUCCCUCCUUCCAUCACCCCGCCCCAACCGCCCCCUUCUCUCUCCUUCCAUCACCCCGCCCCAUUCUCCCUCCUUCCAUCACCCUGCCCCAUUCUCCCGCUUUCCAUCAGCCCGCCCCAUUCUCCUGCUUUCCAUCACCCCUCCCCUUUCUCCCGCUUUCCAUCUCCCCGCCCCAUUCUCCCGCUUUCCAUCACCCCGCCCCAUUCUCCCGCUUUCCAUCACCCCGCCCCAUUCUUCCGCUUCCCAUCAUCCCGCCCCAUUCCCCCGCUUUCCAUCACCCCUCCCCAUUCUCCCUCCUUCCAUCACCCCGCUCCAUUCACUCGCUUUCCAUCACCGCGCCCCAUUCUCCCGCUUUCCAUCACCCCGACCCAUUCUCCCGCUUUCCAUCACCCUGCCCCAUUCUCCCUCCUUCCAUCACCCCGCCCCAUUCUCCCGCUUUCCAUCACCCCGCCCCAUUCCCCCUCCUUCCAUCACCCCGCCCCAUUCUCCCUCAUUCCAUCACCCUGCCCCAUUCUCCCGCUUUCCAUCACCCCGCCCCAUUCUCCCGCUUCCCAUAACCCCACCCCAUUCCCCCGCUUUCCAUCACCCCGCCACACUUUCCCACUUUCCAUCACCCCGCCCCAUUCUCCCUCCUUCCAUCAACCCGCCCCAUUCUCCCGCUUUCCAUCACCCCGCCCCAUUCUCCCGCUUUCCAUCACCCCACCCCUUUCUCCCGCUUUCCAUCACCCCGCCCCAUUCUCCCUCCUUCCAUCACCCCGCCCCAUUCUCCCUCAUUCCAUCACCCUGCCCCAUUCUCCCGCUUUCCAUCACCCCGCCCCAUUCUCCCGCUUCCCAUAA